UAGCUAGGAGCAUGGAGAGAGACAACUUAGGCUACCACGAAAGCAGAUUCUUAGACAAAGAGGGAAAAGUCGGAAACUUGAAGAUCCCAGUGGUUCAAGAGCUUGCUCGCCGAGGACUCACACACUUGCCUGAUCACUUCAAGAGGUUUCACCAUCCAUCCCUAACCCCAACCGCCUUCCAGCAUGUCCCCACCAUAAACUUGGCCCUUCUGAAGCAUGGGUCCGAACCCAAGGCUCGAGCCCAAGAGUUAGCCAAGUUAGCCCAAGCUGCUAAGCACUUGGGUCUCUUCUUGAUCCUUGAUCACGGGAUUGCAAAGGAAACAGUGGAAGGAGCCAGAGAAGCAGUAAGAGGGUUCUUUGAGUUAAGUUAUGAAGAGAAGAAAGCAAGCGUGGGAAGUUACGGUAACGACGUAGAUAAUAUGGGGUAUGGCCGAAACUUCACAGUAAAGUCCGAAGAUCAAGUAUGGGACUGGGUGGAUCGCCUCAGUCUCAGAGCAUUUCCUCCCAUUGCUCCUCAUGAGAAUAUCCACGUUUGGCCUCUCAAGCCAUCCAAUUUCAGAGAAGCAGUGGAAGCAUAUGUGGGAGAGGCAAGAAGAGUGAUGGACUCCAUACUUGUGAACUUAGCAGAAGCCUUUUCACUUGGAAAUGACGACGUAUUCCUCAAGUACUUCCACCCCAAAGACAGUGAGAUCAAACUGAGAGUCAAUUACUACCCGCCAUGCCCUUCCCCAGACCAAACCCUUGGUCUGAACCCUCACUCCGACCCAAGCGCCCUGACCCUUCUCUCGCAGUUCGGCUCGAGCCAUGGGCUUCAAGUGUUCAACCGCGAGGACAGAACCUGGCUCACUGCGUCAUGGCCACAGGAUCAGUUGCUGGUGGUCGUGGGAGACUUGCUGGAGAUCAUGAGCAAUGGGAAGUUUCAAAGUACGUGGCAUAGGGUUGUUCCUCUGAGGGACGUGGCACGUGGGUCCAUUGCUUUGUUCUAUAACCCACCGCCCAAAACCCUAAUUGAGCCUGUGGCUGCUGAUGAUGAUGCCUAUAGAAAGGUGGUUGUGGAUGACUACGUGAAACAUUACUACAAGGUUAGUCCUACUGUGGACAAAAUGGCUAUCAACUUUGCCAAGCUCAGCUAAUCGAAUAUGUUGUGUGUGUUGCAACGUAAUAACGUAAUGAAAGAUUUCUUCUACUUCACUAAAAGUCUUGUGAGCAUAACUCCA